ACAGAAUUAUCGAGACUAGAAAAUGGCUGUAUCAGAACCUGAGCGAUGAUAUUUUAGAUAAGUGGUCAAGUGAAGCAAGAUGGCUUCCAGGCAUGUGGACGUAAAUGAACGAAGAUUGCGACCAGUUUAUGAUGCACUGGAUAGCAUGAACAAUAAAAAAGCUAUUCAGCAUGCUGAUAAAAUCCUUAAGAAACAGAAAGACCUGCACUGUGCUAAGGUCCUGAAAUCAAUUGCUUUACUCAGGUCUGGGAGACGGGAGGAAUGUGAGAAGCUGAUGGAGGAGGUGAAAAAAAAAGAAAUAGCGGAUGAUUCAACCUUGCAAGCAAUGACUAUUUGCUUUAAAGAAAUGGAAAGACAUUCCGAAAUAUCCGAUAUUUACGAAGUGGCUGUGAAAAAAAGUCCCCAAAAUGAAGAAUUAUCAACUCAUCUUUUCAUGUCUUACGUGAGAACGUCACAAUACAAGAAACAGCAACAGGUGGCAAUGAAUUUAUAUAAAAAGUUUCAGAAAAAUCCAUAUUACUUUUGGGCGGUCAUGAGCUGUAUCAUGCAGGCAAGCGUCUGCGAAGAUGAACACGUCAAGAAAAACAUGUUGCUGCCACUGGCCGAAAAAAUGAUCCUAAAAUUUAUCAAAGACAAAAAGGUGGAAAGCCACGAAGAGGUGUAUGUUUACCUUCUCGUCCUGGAAAUGCAAGAGAAAUACGAGGGUGCUCUCGAAGUUAUAAAUGGUCCAUUAGGUGAAUUUUUAUUUCCAAAUGUGAAAGCAAAGAAAAAAGUAGAUUAUUUAUUGAAACUUGAACGAUGGCGAGAGGUUAAUCUCUUGUAUAAGAAUUUAAUUGAGGAAAAUCCAGAUGAAUGGUCCAGCUAUCAAGGAUAUUUAGAAUCAAUGAUCAAGUUAGUUGAAACAAACUACUCGGACACUGACGGUAAUAAUUCGUGUGAUGUUCCAGACCACUCCGUAUCGAUGGUCCGGGAGUUUCUUGAAAAAAUGAAGAAUAAAGAACUUGAAAAGGAAACGAAAAGAAACCGGGGGCCAUUUUUGGCUUGUUUAGAACUACGAAAAAGGCAAAAUGAGGAAAAUAUUCUCAAAUCAUCCGCAGAACCUCCUGGGGAUUUAAAGGAGCUGAUUGUUGAAUAUUUCCAGUUUUUCGGAGACAAAAGUGUUUGUUUUUCAGACCUGUGCGUGUAUAUAGAUCUGUUGGAUUCUACUCAAAAAGUCGAGUUUUUGGAGUCCUGUAGAGCGUCGUUAUCGUCAUCUUGUGGCAAUAUUAGUGAAGAUGUGAAGGCAUUGUCAAGAACAAUAACGAUUGAGAAAUUCUCAAGGUAUCUUGGUGAAAGAGAAAACUUAUCAACCGAGGAAAAAAUUGCUCACGCGAGACACCUUAUGUCCAUGCACAAAGACGGUGAAAAAUUUGGCGAAAAUCUACUCCCGACCGAUUUUCAUCCCUGCGACGAGCUGGCGUUGUUAGCAGCACAUCAUUUGUUGGAUUGUUGCAAUAUCCCGGAUGAUCAUUCAAACUGCUGGCUUCGUGUCGUGAUUACGCUUGAAAGUGCAAUAAGGAACAGUCCAUCAAACUUUCAGUUUAAAUUACUCGUGUCGCGAUUGUACUGUCAACUUGGGGCUGUGGGUCCGUGCGUAACUUAUCUGAAUAGCAUGGACGUUAAGCAUAUACUUUAUGAUACCUUAGGGCUCAAUGUGUCCAGAUACGAAGCGCCAUUGGGUCAUUUUAAAUCGGCAAAAGAAUUUUAUAAUUCAACUUUUAAAUUCUAUCAAGGCAACAAGAAAGACACUCCAGAGUACGUUAUUGCUUCGUAUAAAUUUGGAUCUUUUGAGAAGAUUAUUGAGAUAAUGAACUUCAAAAAGAAAUUAGAGAAUUCGUUUUUUUACCCAAGUGUUCUUAUAGAGCAAAAAUUGUUGGAUGCUGUUUUACUUGCCAAUAGUGCAACCUCGAUACGUGAAAUAUUUGUUGAUCAAAAAUUGCCCGAGGUUUUUGAUAAUUCAGAGACAUGGAUUAACAAACUUCGCGACAACAGAGAUUUAGAUCUUUUCGUCACGUGGCGUCGAUGCGACAGGGUUUGUCGCAAGGAAGCGAAAAAAAUUUCUUUCCGUUGUGAGUUACUGUGGAUAAAGUUGCGUUUAUUAAUCAUCAAUGCCGCGACCCUUGUUACAAAUGGCUCGCCGAAUAAUGGCGUUACCUCGUCAGCGAUGAUGAACGGCGAAAACAGUCCCUGCAAUGAAAUGCUUAAUCACACGGAUAAUAAUUCAGACCGAACUAGAAAUAUUUUAGAUCAACUCCAAGAAAUCUUAACCGAAGCUCGUGUUUGCGAACCUGCGGCAAGAAAGUUUCCCUUCUACGGCCCGUUAACAACGCGUUGGAAGGCGUAUUUAGAUGGUUCAUAUGAAGAAGUGUUGAUAGGCCUGCUAAAUAUUGCACAAGUUCUACAGCAAAUGAAGAAGACGCACGGUCCAGAUGAUAAAUUAGAGGAACGCGUGGCAGCGAUAAAAAAGGAUCUUACAAGGAUUUCAACGAUUCUCGAAGAUAAUGCCACUUUGUGCUCAAAUUCCCUCACAUAUGAAGAUAAGGAGAGACGGAUAUUUAAUGGAAAUGUUGUUCAUUUACUAGUACUGUUUGUCGAGGCAAUUACCAUCGUGCUGGUGUUUCUAUCAUACAUUCGAACUGUCGUUUUAAAAGUAACGCAGAUAUCACAAAAUAAGAAGAAGAAGAAAGUCUUGCCACCUGCGGAGACAGAACUUUCUGAAUCUUACCAAGCAUUCACGCAGUCGCUUUCUUCAGCGAUAUCUGGUGUUAACGAUAAUUUACUUGAUGACCAAGUGCUUCACUUAGCUCAAGAUUUGACCUCAUUAGAUUUGGACAAGUUAAAUAAAAUGACAGAUAGCAGUGAACUGUUAGCGGAGAUAUGGGAGAAGAUGCAGACCAGCUAUAAAAUAUCCGUUGAGGAAAUAUCCGAUGUCCUCAAGAUCAAAUUAAAGUUUUUAAAAACUCUUUGUAUAUAAACCAUUUAUAGCGAAUGGUGAAAAUUCACUUUAACCAGAAAUGGCACCGUACAAUGACCACAACACUAUCACUAAUCAUACCCUUCCCCUAAAUUAAACAAACGAUUUGAUGUAGUAUAUUGAAUAUUUUUAAUACAAAAAUCAAAUGUGGCUAAAAUUA